AUUCCGACCAUCAUGACAGCUCAGCUUGACGACCUCAAUGGAGAUCCAGAAUUUCUUGACAGCGUCCAAGGAGAGAUAUCAUUUUUUCGUUCGGUCAUGAGGGCACGGCCAGUUGGUCUGCAUCGCCAUUUUCAUGCACUCGCUAUACGCAAUGCUAUCCACAACGACACCGGUCGUAUGGUCCCCAUCGACAGAAUCUGGGCAAAAUUAAGAACAUGUUACGAUCUCGAUGCUCUUGAAGGUCUUUAUCAGGAAAUAGACGGAUACGACUCCCCUGGAUCCAGUCAAUCUACUCCUCGUGUAAUUGCUUCACCUUCGCCGUCCGAAAAUCUCUCAAGACAUCCAUAUUUUCGUGCAGAAUACACCAUUCCAUGUGACCAUACCUAUGAGUCAAUUAUUGCUGCACGUCGACUAAGAGCGACAGCAUCCUUGCCCUCUACACCGCUUGCACCAUCGCCUCAACAACCUACAAAAAGUCGUCGAACUCGUGUUUCCAAACGUGGAAGAAGUAAGCUCGACAUGGCUGGCCUAGUAGGAGGUGAUAGUGACAGUAGCGCAUUGACGCAGGAGAGCGGUGAUGAAGCUAUCGCGUUCACACCAAGAGACAGCGUAAUAACAGCAACUGAUGGUGGGACCGAAUUUGCAGAAGAAGAGGAGUCAGAGAUACAAGAACUAUCACCUGCAUCCUUCUCAAAAAGUGGGCGAGGUAGAAUAUCUAAACCCAAUAGAGGGGGUAUAUCUGGAAGAGUUAGAGCUGGAAUUACUAGCACAAGCCGUAGUAAUAAGAAGAGAAAAAAAUGAUGUUAAAGCAAAUACAUCUUUCCUUUGCUGC